AUGGCUACUGACUGGCAGUCCGAGUGUCUGGCGCCUCCCCAUCAGGCAGGACUGGGGAGCAUCGGACACCAUACAGAUCGAGCUCUCCAGAACACCUCGGGCAACGUGCAGUCGUAUUCGGACACCGUCGCCGCCAGCGGGAUCACAGGGCGUGAUGACCAUCUUCAGCAUCUGACCUACAAAUAUUCUCACGCUCCUGUUCCUCCUUAUCCCAUGCCCACCGCUGCGAGUGCGCACCCUCACCACGUCCUGGACGCCCGAGCCCGGCUCAAGAAGCUUCGGCGAGUUCAGUCAGUCGGUCCCAACCAUGCCGGUGCCCGUAGGGUGAGGAGCUAUCUCAAGUCCCAGAAGUACUUGGAGUAUCGGUCACGACCUCGACGGGACACUGGCAAGGAUGGAGAAGCGGUGUGGUCUGACGAACUCGAGGACGCUUUCCAGCAAGCGCUUGAAGCCAAUCCUCCCAUGGGCCGAAGAAAGUGGUCCGAACGAGGAAAGUCGUAUGGCCGGAACGAACUCAUUGCCGAGUAUAUCUUCAACUUAACUGGCAAGAAGAGGACGAGGAAGCAGGUAUCCAGCCACCUGCAGGUCCUCGACUCUUUCCUCAAGGGUGAUCCUGACUGGGACAGACUCACGCGAGAGCAGCCAGCAGAUCGCACCAACAAUCAACACCAGCCGGUCGGGCCCAAAUGGAGAACGGGAUUGGAUCAGUCAAUGCCAAAUCACUAUGGCGGCCACAUUCCUACAGCCUACCACGACCACCUAAGGCCGGUGCAGCCUUACGCUGGGGAGCUUCCACCACCCCUUUUCACAUUGGGCUCAAACUUGCAUGAGCGCAACAGCAACACGAUUUACGGGUUCAACUUCGAAAUGUGGGUGAGCCCGCCGUCUCAGCGUGAUCAGCUUGACAAUGCCUUGCACAGAUAUACCCGUCUUCAAGGGGACGCGGCCGCACCUAUGGCAUUGGAGAAUCUCCCGCGCUGGCGGGAAACUUUCCCGCACCUGAGCACCAUCAUGGCAGAACAGAGCGGCUCACUGGAUUGCGAUAUCAUUUUGCUGGAGGCGAGUCUAGAGCUGAUGGAUGAAUUCCCGCCCGCCGGCUCCAAACUAGGGAUCCAGUUGGAGUUGGACUUUGCGCAUCCGGCUACUGGGGACGCCCCCAUGCUGAGCCAAUUGGACAAUUGGACAUGUAGCACGUACAUGUAUGACAAUGGGCACCUUGAGGAUGAGGACCGGAUGUUGGAGGCCUACCAUAAUCUCGCCAAACCGCAGUCGACCAAAGUGAAGCCCCCCUUCGAGUCGUCCUGGUGGGCCAAGCUUUUCACGGAACUCACGCAGCACAAGCUGAUGAAGGAAAAGUCGGGCCAACAUCAAGCUGCGGAAGACCAUGUGAGGCAUUACUUCCGCACACUCUCCGCAGUGCAGGAGAUCCGAGCAACACCCCAGAAUACCCGGCGACUAUCUCAUCAGAUACCGGGUGCAUCAUCGCCCGACGACAGCAAGAGAAUGGCAAUUCUGCUGUGGCAGUUUCGGCAGACUCGAUCCCCCGAGGUUGGUCUGACCACUUGGCGAAAGUUGAUUCCUCCCGACCGCAUUUCCACCAACAGCCCAAGACCCCCAACGGGAAUCGACCUUCCCCCGUUGCCCCUUGACUCGGCUUUCCCAGAGCGAUAUCCCCCAUAUAUGUAUCGUGCAACCCAGCCGCAUGAGAUGCUGUCCCACCCCGGUCCGUCUCAUUCGCAUUGGCCGCUGUACCCACCGCCGCAUGAGAACAUUCCCAGCAUGUAUCACUCAGCAGGGUCCUUUGAUCUGCUGAACUCCGUUACCAGACCUGAAGACGGCGGGCUCCCGGACCGACACGCGGUCCCAUCGCUGCUGGACAGCUACUCUGGAAUCCCGUCGCAAGAGACCAGCCAGCCGGCCAGCCUGAAUGUUUCCAGCGGCGGACCCGCCAUGCUUAGCGUUCACGAUCUGGGGCUAUCGCACCCCAAUCUCGCUGGAUACACGUUGAGCCACGGCAAUCACUACGCGCCAUCCCCGCAGAACGGGGUCGGCGUUCACGACAGCAACAGCGUGAUGAGCAAUAUUUUCGGGCCCGGAUCUCAGUCGCUUGACGGGAUCGGGCACAGCCAAGGCGCAUGGGGAACGCCGAUGACGUCGACAGCGAUUCCGAGCGAUGUCGGCUCCAGCAACCACUACACACAUCUGCAGUACCAUCCUACCGGCCACCAGACGCCGGUAUCCCGAGAGGCGCACCCACCCAACGGCUUCGAGGGCCUGAUGGGGGCUCCCGAUGACCUCAUGGACAAGAUAGUGGGAAGCAUGCCCGAUGAUCCCAGCAUGCAUGGGGCAGGUCCCGAUCAUGCCAGUUCCGCGUAUGCCGAUACCAACGCCGUGCAGGCAGUCUAG